AUGAAGCGUUUUGUGCUGAGGUGCCCGAGAGGGCUGCACCUGCUGGGGCAUCCAGGGGGACCCGCAACAUCGGGUGGGUCGUACGCGUCGGGAGGAGACUUGUGUCGGGAGGGGAGGACCUUCCCCCGGAGGAGGUACCUCCAGGGGAUACACACGAAAGCCAUAAAGGAGGCUUCCCCCCCGGAAGGAGAAGUGGACGAUCGAGUGAUGAACCAGAAUAGUGAAACGAUAAUUCAACGAUAUAGGGAGUUUAUAGAGGCUAGACGGGGGGAGGGGAAGGGGAAUGUUGGUUGUUCCUCCAGACGAGAGAUGUACGAUCCUCUGGGGUGCCUUUCUGAGGUUGAACGGAAGGUUGAAUCAGAGGUUAGUACCGAAACGGUCACCCAAAUGGCCGCCGAAAGGGCCUUCGACAGGAUGAAGGAUACCGCCUCCCACAGGAUGAACCAAGCUGGCGCGGACAUGGUGGAGAAAAGCACCGGCAAAACCAGCGUCGAGGGCAUGGACCAAAAGUACGUAAUCCUGAAAAAGCAAAUAUCCAAAGAGUUCAUCCACCAAGUGUUUCUCCCCCACGUGGAAUCACAGAUUAUGUACCACCUGAAGACCUAUACACCCAACCAAAUCGUAAAUAUCUUUCACAUAUAUUCCUACCUGUACUACUACGACCAAAAGAAGGAAAUGGUGAACGCGCUGUUGGAUUAUUUGCAGUACCGACUAGACUGCUUCAGUGUGCACGAUGUUCUCCUGGUAUUGGAGCCCCUUUAUCUGCUAAAUCGAACGAACAACUUUAACAUUUACCGCCUAAUUAUUAACCACCUGGAGAGAAUAAAGGAGAAAAUGAAUCUGUACAACUACAUUGGUGUAUCCAGAGUGUUCACGAAGAUACUUAUCGACUUAACUUUUGAAGAGAAAGAAUUAAGAGGGAAAAAUAUUUUGUCACGUCUAUGGUACCAUUUGAAGCAGAGAAAAUUCAAGAAGGAUAUUCCUCCUGAGCAAAGGAAAAUUUCUCAUUGGGAUUUCCUUGUGGGAUUCAUGUCCCAUGUGGUUGAUCAUGUGGAGGGGCAACUUCGUCUCCUUUCCGCCAUCGAACUGACCGAUCUCCUCAGCGUCAUGGCAAACUACUCCUUCAGGAGUGGGCACUCCAAGUAUGAUGUGGCUCUCUUGGGGAGUGGGCAAGAGAGGGAAGUUAAGAGUGGAAGCGGAAUUGAGAGCGCCGAGUGUGGCGAGAACGAGCAGUCUACCCAAAAUGGAAACCAAAGUUUUCAACACACCCCUCUAAAGGUGCACGCCCUGAACAAUCAAAACGCCUUUCUCUUUAAGGAGAAUAUCGUAUCCUUCCUAAUUGUCAACGAACUUAAGUCUAAGUACCAGGAACUGAGCGCUCUCCACAAAAUAACUAACCUGCACAACCUAACCAAGCUUUUCAUAUACGAUGAGCAGUACCUUCAGAUGAUUGAAGAUGACCUGAGCAACUACCAUUACACAAGCAAUAUUCACCACAAGUAUCUAUCCCUUCUAGUGUGGUGCUUAUUCAAGUAUAGGAGGUUAGACAAGCACAUGUUUCAAUUGAAGCCUGUCGUCUUACACAAUGUGCAUUAUUUCGAUGCGAAGGAUCUUUCCAGGUUGUGUCAUGCCAUUCACGACGACAAACAAACCCUCAUCAACAUAGCGAAUAAUUUAACAAAUCAAAUUGAGAAGAUGCCCGUAAACGACUUUUUGUGUUACCUUUACGCUGUGGUUUGUCUGGAUUUGUUACCCUAUGCGCAGGGUGCAGCGUUAGCCAAGGACACUCACCAUGGAGAAGGAGAGGAUACUUCCAAGGAGAAGAACAACUCAAGAGAAAGGAGAAAUAUGUCUGUACAAAUGGAUAACCACACCCUGUCUGUCUUUAACAAAACCACCAUUCUACAAAAAUGCACCAAGUACAUAAACGAAAAAAAAAAAAGUUUAGGAAAAAACGAAAUCACCAAAAUCGUUCUUUUGUUGAAAAGGAAGAAAGGGGACAAGUACUUAUACGUGUUGGACUUGCUCCCGGAGGAAUGGAAAGGGAUCCUCCACUUAAUUAAUUGA